AUGUCGCUAGUUCAAUCGCCUUUGCUGCGGCAGCUGCGAGGUCGCGUCUCGCAGGCCCUUGCCGCCGAGAGCAGUAGACAGGUCUUCAUGGUCGGCCCGGAAGGCCGUGGCAAGACAACGCUGCUGAAGGAGCUCAUGAAACAGGGGAAAAGCCCAAGCCCGUAUGACUUCCGUUACGCUUACUACGACUUCGGCGCGAAUGCGAACCACAACUUCCAGGUCAUGGUGACCCAGUGGUCGUCUUCUCUCAUAUCGCAAAAUCCGCUCAUCGGCAAGAUCGAGCAAGAAGAAUAUUCUAAGGUGUUCGAUUCGGUGAAUGGCGACAUACCCGAGCUGCAAGGUCACAUUCGAUCAUUUUUGAAUCGCAUAUUGUCUUUGAAACGCCUUGAUAAACGCGUUGCUGCUAGCAUAAAGGAAGUUGUAAAUUCUGGAUCUGAGAUCACUGGCGCUACAUGGCAUGACAUCUGUCUUAUGCUCCUGAAGCAUGCACCAGCUACUCUCGGCAUCCACAACGUUUCCUCCGUCGGGACCAAUGAGCCAUUCUUCUACGGCCUCUAUGCCGUCGGUAUUAUCGCAGAGAAGGCGGAGAUAGAAUCGCGAGGGGAAACAAACCCGAGUUCGUUGCUCACUGGCACCUGGGUAGGGACAUCUUACUCGCCUCUAAUAUUUCGGCAGGCAACUAAAUAUUUGCUCAAAGCGUGCUCGGCAAUGUCGCAACUUCAAAAGGCUAGACUGGUGCUGUGCUUUGAUGGUGUGCACCAUCUUACCAGGUCGCCGUUCCUGAAUGACCGUGGAGGCCGAUUCCUUCACCAGCUGCUGUCCAGUAUGCAAGCCAACAACCUGGACUCUGUGCUCAUUUCUGACGACUGCGUGUCCACAAUGCCGUUGGUUGAUGAGCGGUUGUCGGCGAAGUUGGACGAUCUGUCCAUGCAGCCAGCGGAUCCACCGUCAGCUGAGGCAACCGUAGACCGGUCGACUCUCAUGUGGUUGGAGGUACCCGAGUUGGAGCCUAUAAUUGCGCGGGCGGUACUUAAGCAGGGCAUUUGGAAUUGCGAUCGUGUAGUUAAAGCGCUUAUGAAAGUUAGUGGUGGCAAUCUGAAGUUGUUGAUGAAUCUCAUACGGUCGUACCGUGAGAUGGAAUCGUCGCUGGAUCUGCCCGCAGUGCACCAGAUACUGGCAGGGUCUGACAGUCCUGUGGAUGACGAGUAUUUCCCUCUCAAAGGAACCGAAGAAGAGCAGGCGCGCUACCUACAGGAGGAACGUUGCAAAAUGUUCGUGCGCAACGUCCACAACGCCGCGUUGGCAACCGAAGUGGGACAGUUCGAGAACCUGAUGAACCGCUUCCUCAGCCUGCCUGCGAUGGAAGCGGUGCGUCACCGGUUGAAUAACAACGUGCACUUCUGGGUUACGGUGUCGGAAACGGUCCGCUACCUGCUGAGCAAGCCCAUGCUCCAACUGCGCCCCGGAGCGACCAUUGAUAACAAGGUGGUACUUUCGAUGAUAGCUACAGGCAUACUACAUCUCAACGUCCAAUUUCGAACACUUGAGUUCAAGGACUCUUUGACGCGUUUCCUGAUUGAGGCGUUCAUCGACAACGAGUAUGAGUCAUUAUCGUGGAUCGAGCAGAUCGAGUACAAGGCGAAUUACCUGCUGAACCAGCGCACCAUAUACGGCGAGACUGAUCGCUUCUUAUUAUGA